AGUUGGAGGUUAGAUUCAGAAGUAAGGUUAUGUGUGUAUAAUAAUGUGCCUCAUAAUGUGAUUACACGUUUUGCAGUUAUAGAAAUUUUCUAAACAUAUUGCACUGUUUACUACUAACCACUAAUUACAUACAAAUACAUCCAUUAUGGCAGAUCAAAACAUUGAAGAACUUGGCCCAUCAGAUUUAGGUACUCUUGAUUAUUGGGAAAGGAUAUAUUCGGAAGAACUUGAUAAUUUUAAGGAUCACGGGGAUACCGGCGAGAUAUGGUUCGGCAGGAAUAAUUCACUAAAAGUUGUACGUUGGAUUGGUACACAAAUGACACUUUGCAAGGAUGAUAAAAUAAUUGAUAUAGGAUGUGGAAAUGGAAUGACAUUAGUUGAACUUGCAAAAGUGGGUUUUAAAAAUUUAAUGGGUGCAGAUUAUUCACAAAAGGCAAUCAAUUUAGCUAAAGAAAUAAUGAAAGAAAACAAUCUGUUGAUUGACUUAAGAGUUUGUGAUAUAUUGAAUUUAACAAAUUCUGAAUUACCAAUAGAUUUUAAAUUAGUACACGAUAAAGGAACUUAUGAUGCGAUCAGUUUACAUCCAGAGGAUCCUGCAACAAAACGACAAAAGUAUAUAGAAAAUGUGUAUAAAAUUCUGCAACCUGCUGGUUAUCUAGUCUUAACUUCGUGUAAUUGGACUAAAGAGGAAAUAGGAAAGCAUUUUGAAAAUUAUUUUGACAUUCUAAACGUACUCCCUACUGAUACAUUUCUCUUUGGCGGACAGCGUGGAAACACCAUAACACAAUUAGUUCUUCAGAAAAAAAAAACAACAAUAAAUUAGAGAACUGAUCGAUGCAA